CUCUAAUAGGCUUAAUCUGAUGUUUGUAGACCAGUCCACACUCCCCUUUUUUACUAUAUAUGCAUCAUUGUUGUCAGAUUAUCACAUACAUCCAUAGAUUUUUAUUUACUAACAUAAUGUAAUGUCAGUGUCCAGCAGGAUUCAGUGUGUGUCUCCUGGACUUGCCACAGAGAGGAUGUUCCCCUGCUUGGCGCACAGACCAUGGCAAGUCCUCUGCCGUGUCUACCUGCAACAACGCCCUUUAUCUCAGAGACCCUCUAAAAUAGCAAAGCCAUGUUUCGGUUGGGAAAGUGGAGGAGGGGUGCACAAACUCUGGUUUAGCUUUCCAGAUUCCAGAGUCACGUCUUUAACGUGGACACAGGUCCAAUACUGUUCCACAUCAGACAGUGAUAAAAGUGGAUCUCCAGCGGGUCCUGUAGAGCCAAAGCCCACUGAGAAAGAACAAGCUGCACAGUCCUCUGCCAAAAACAGCGGUUCCAAAACUCAAGGUCUGACGAAAGCAGAGAGCAUUCAAGUGAAAGUACGGGCUGUCCUGAAAAAAAGGGAAUAUGGCACCAAAUACACCCAGAAUAAUUUUAUUACCACAGUUAGAGCUAUGAACGAGUUCUGCCUCAAACCCAGUGACCUUGAGCAGCUUAGAAAAAUCCGUCGACGUAGUCCCCAUGACGACACAGAAGCAUUCACCGUCUUCCUGCGAUCAGAUGUGGAGGCAAAAGCUCUGGAUGUAUGGGGAAGUCAAGAGGCACUUGCUAGAGAGAGGAAUCUCAGGAAAGAGGUGGAAAAGGAGUACCAAGAAAACAUAUUUAGAAAUCAGAAGCUGUUGAAGGAGUACAAGGACUUCUGGGGGAACACGAAGCCUCGGUCUAGGACGAGAGCGACAUUUCUACAAGGACCAGGAAAAGUGGUGAUGGUGGCUAUAUGCAUAAAUGGACUGAAUUUUUUCUUCAAGCUGUUGGCGUGGGUUUAUACAGGAUCUGCCAGUAUGUUUUCUGAAGCCAUUCACUCACUGGCUGAUACCUGCAAUCAGGCUCUUCUUGCACUGGGCAUCAGCCAGUCUGUCCGGAACCCAGACGCCGUCCAUCCGUAUGGCUUCUCCAACAUGCGUUACAUCGCCUCUCUCAUCAGCGGAGUCGGCAUCUUCAUGAUGGGUGCUGGCUUGUCCUGGUAUCAUGGCAUUAUGGGACUCCUGCACCCUCAGCCAAUAGAAUCACUGCUCUGGGCUUACUGUAUUUUAGCAGGAUCUCUGGUGUCUGAAGGAGCUACUCUAUUGGUGGCCAUUAAUGAGAUCAAGAAGAGUGCACACGAACAAGGCUUGUCCUUUUAUGAGUACGUGAUGCAAAGUCGAGACCCCAGCACUAACGUGGUCCUGUUGGAGGAUGCUGCUGCUGUGCUCGGGGUGGUGCUGGCAGCUGGAUGUAUGGGACUAACGUCUCUCACAGGUAACCCCUACUAUGACAGUCUGGGUUCUCUGGGCGUAGGCACCCUGUUAGGAACGGUAUCUGCAUUCCUCAUCUACACUAACACAGAGGCUCUGCUGGGUCGCUCCAUCCAGGCCGAGCAUGUGCAGAAGCUCACAGAGUUUCUGGAAAGUGACCCUGCUGUCAGGGCGAUUCAUGAUGUCAAAGCCACAGAUAUGGGGCUGAGCAAAGUGCGCUUCAAGGCAGAGGUGGACUUUGAUGGGCGGGUGGUGACACGAUCAUACCUGGAGAAGCAAGACAUUGAACAGAUCCUCAACGACAUUCAGCAGGUGAAGACGCCAGAGGAGCUGGAGAACUUUAUGUUGAAGCAUGGGGAGAACAUUAUUGACACCUUAGGAGCAGAGGUGGACCGUCUAGAGAAAGAACUUAAGCAACGUAAUCCUGAGGUGCGGCAUGUGGAUCUGGAGAUUUUAUAAUGUCAUGACACAUUGCAGAAUGGAGAUCAGGAUGGAGCAGAAGGAAAACUAAUCAAACCUCGAGCGACCAUGAGCGUCCCAUUCUCUCCAACCAGCCAGUCAGCUGAGGUCUUAUGUUACAUCUGUCCCACAUCAACCAAGCACUAACCUGUACAUAGUUUCAGUAGCUGAUAAUAGAGCAAAACCAUAGCCAAUACAGAGAGGACUCCAGCUGGAUAGAGACAAGGCUAAUAAAUGAUUAUUUUACAGUCAUUAGCUUUCAGAACUGUGGUAGCUCGUACCAUCAGAGCUUUGAAAUCAUGUCCAUGGAUUGUAAAAGGACCAGUCUUACUUCAUUUCACAAUUUACAUGCAAAGCUGCAGUUCUCUCAUAACACCAAAGUAUAAGUAAACAGGAUAUAACCUAGCUUGAAGGGUAAAGUGUCCAUUCUGCUAUAUGAAAGCACUGGUUUCAGUUAUAUGUAAAAAAGUUUCCCCAUGUUACUCCAUUGUUUUUCAGAUGCACAAAGAUGAUGGCAUUCAAUUGAUGCCAUUGUCACUGAAUGACGCAAGCUGGUAAAUUGAAUAUUCAUGAGUGUGUUACAAAAUUGAAGAGUUAUUGUAAUCUACUUUUUUUAAUCCAGUUAAAAAAAUACAUAUUAUAUCCACAUUUAUCAGUAAUGAGAGAACUAUAGAGCUAAAUUUAAUACAACGGGUAUCCAUGGCCCACCUCAGACCCCUCAAGUGAUGAAGACUACUCAGAUCUUCACAUCCUUCCUAUACUAAAAGUACUAAUGUCAUUAUGCUGCUUUCUGGACUGUUUAUCUGUUUAUGCUGUAAUUUAGUGUGACUGAAUGAAGAAAGCAAUUGUAGAUGUCCAAAAGUCAUUGGUGGCAUUGUUGUGUUGCCAGCAUAGUUUGUGAACACUAGCGCAUGUGUUUUCCAUUGUUAAUAAUUCCUGACUGUGAAAAUGCAACACUCUUAUUUUGAUAUCUGAAAAGGAAGCAUUCAGUCCAUUUAAAUACCCUCAGUACACAUACUAACAGUAUGUUUUGUGGUAGUUACCUGCUCUCUUGUGCUGAAGUCUGUGUAAUGUUUUUAAACAUUGUAAAAUUUCCCCUUAGGAAGAGUCAGACAUGUAAUGCAGGUUGGAUGAACACAUUCAAGGAUGGUUAGCAAGGAUAAAGUAAAAAAUUAGUUAUAGAAAAGGCUUGAAGACUAUAUAUAUUUUAAAUAUGUUUAUUUGACAGUUGCUAUUUGGUUAGAUCUUUGAGCUGUUUGGAGCUACUGAAGAAAGAGGAUGAAUAAAUUGCAAUUAAUUUAUUAAA